AUAUAGUUUUGUUCCGCCUUAUAGGUCUCGGCAGUAAAACCUCAUCUGGAGAGUCUAAAUAACACAGACUUGGGCUACCUAGUGACGAACCUGUCCCGCGUAGCAAGGACAGUAGCCUCGCAGACUUGGAUACUCACUAGCGUCAACUUCCUGAACACCUCCGUCACCAGCAACACCAAUGCAGUGAGGAGCUUGCAAGGCAGUGUGGGGCAGCUCUCCAGCACUCUGGACCCGCUGGUCAACAAUGUGUCACGCCUCGCUAGUCAGGUCUCUCUCAUGACUCCAGAAAGCAGCCGGCAGCGUCUCCAGCAGCUGAACACCCUUCUGGCCUCCCUCCAACAGACAACAAGCCAAACGCAACUGAGUCUGCAAGAUGUGACCCAGCAGAUGCUCCCCACCCUGCAACAGACUGUCGCAGGCCUGAGUGUGGAAGUGAACAGUCUGCCAGAGCUCAGGAACAGACUGCAGGCUCUUGAGAUAAGGAUCAAUGGCACUACCACCUCAACAGGCACUGUUAACAUCACAUCCGGGAACUACUUAGCCACCUUAACUACUCUGCAGCGGGAGGUGUUCCAGAUCAAGUCCCAGCUGAUGGUAGAUGAGUGUGCCUCGGGUCCCUGCAGGAAUGGUGGCAUCUGCAUUGAUGGCUACCUCAAGUUUACGUGCUUAUGUCCCAAGGGUUGGCAGGGCGGUGACUGCAACCUAGAUUCAGAUGAGUGUGUGCAGUAUGCUGGCACUGACCUCGGUUGUCAGAAUGGAGCCACCUGCAUCAACUUCCCAGGUUCCUUCAGGUGCUUGUGCCCUCCUGGCAAGUUUGGUGUCCUUUGUGACCAACAGAGUAGCAGCUGCACACAGAGCAGUGGUUCAGGCCUUUGUGGCAGCCAUGGAAACUGUGUCUCCUCAAGUGGCCAGCAUGGCUAUACCUGCAUCUGUGAUGAGGGCUGGAAAUCACAGAAUCAAGGCAAUGGCCCAACAUGUGUUGAUGUAGAUGAAUGUGCCAGCCAGAUGCCACACUGUUCCAGCAGCCCAGCUGUUCAAUGCAUCAACUAUCCUGGGGGCUUCACAUGUGGGCCUUGUCCUCAAGGGUUCAGCGGGAAUGGUUUUGUGUGUAAUGACAUUGAUGAGUGUCAGAUCAACAAUGGAGGCUGUUCCCCGUUCAGCCAGUGUUACAACACUUACGGUGGUCGCCGCUGUGGGCCAUGUGCUACUGGCUACACUGGGGAUGGUACCACUUGCACUCCAAGCCUGAGUCCGUGCCAGACAGCACAGUGCCAUCCCCUCGCCACAUGCUAUGAAAACGCUCAAAUAUCACCAUCAUACUAUCAGUGUGUGUGUCCACAAGGCUACCAGGGCAGUGGAAUGGGGCCAUAUGGGUGCACACUUACACAAGGCACAGGUCAUGGAACACCCACUAAUUGGUGCUCCAGUCAGCCAUGCCUAAAUGGAGGAACCUGCAGCCAGAAUGCCUAUUCCUACACAUGUGUGUGUCUCCCAGGAUACACAGGCCAGAACUGUCAGCUGGUUAUUGACAUGUGUGCCAAUAACCCCUGCUUGAAUGGUGGUACCUGCACUCAGGGCUUCAACUCCUUUACAUGCAGCUGCCCAUCCUCCCACACAGGCGAUCGCUGUCAGACUGAGAACCAACAGUGUGGUGGAACACUGAGUGGUAAUGGGGGAGUGGUGAGCUUCCCUGGUGUGAGUAAUGUAAUGUAUAACCACAACUUGAGCUGUGCCUGGAUCAUUGCUGUUCCUCGAGGUCAAGUCAUCAACAUCACCUUCAGCUACUUUCAUCUGGAGGGAAGCUAUUGCCAUUUUGAUUGGCUUCAGAUCCACGAUGGACCCAGCAGUGGAAGCCACCUCAUUGGACGGUACUGUGGCACCUCUCUUCCAGGCAGCAACGGCACAAUCAUUACCACCCAUAAUUCAGUGUAUCUGUGGUUCCGCUCCGAUCAUUCUAUGGCUGGUUAUGGUUUCAAUUUUACCUGGAAUGUUACUUCUCCAGUAUGUGGUGGUGAUUUACAUGGUAAUGAAUAUGGGUCCUUCAAGUCUCCUGGCUACCCUGGCCACUAUCCUGUUGAUCGAGACUGCUACUGGACUAUCACUGUCUCACCAGGAAAGAGAAUCAAAUUCCAUUUUCCAACUCUACAGUUAGAGCACCAUCCAAACUGCAGUUUUGAUUUCCUGGAGAUUCGUGAUGGUCUAACAGAGAAUGGCCACAGUUUAGGGAAAUAUUGCUCCUCUGUGACACCUGAACCCCUUACCACCUCAGGCUCAGAGGCUUUUGUACACUUUCACUCAGAUUUGUCCCUUUCUGACACUGGUUUUCUAAUUUCUUACAGUGCUGAACCAGGAAUCCCAGGAUGUGGCGGCCUCCUCACCAGUGAUCAAGGGGAAUUCUCAGCACCCACCAUCUCAGAUUCCUAUGAACAUAACCUUCACUGUGAAUGGGUGAUCCGAGUUCCUCCUGAAGAGACGGUGCAGCUCAAUUUUACUGAAUUCCACCUGGAGCAUCACCAUGCCUGUCGCUGGGACUAUGUAGAGAUAAGAGAUGGUGGCAGUGCAGACAGUCCCCUUGUGCGGCGAGCUUGUGGCACUAACUUGCCCUCCCCUGUGAUGUCAACUGGCCGACAACUGUAUAUCCUCUUCCACUCAGAUUUCUCAGUGUCUCGUCCGGGCUUCAGAGCAGUGUAUCAAGUGGCUUGUGGUGGAGAGUACACAGGAGAUACGGGGCUCAUUCGUUCCCCAUACAACCCACAGCCAUAUCCAGGCAACCGGGAAUGUAUUUACCUCAUCAGUCAGCCGGUGGGGAAAGCCAUUGUUCUCAAUUUUACCUUCUUUGACAUUGAAGGCUCAUUUUGGGGACAUUGCUCAUUUGAUUACAUAGAGCUUCGUGAUGGGAGACGACCCACAUCUCCUUCACUGGGCCGUUACUGUGGUCCUGAAACUCAUCGGCCAAACCCAAUUGUGUCCACACACAACUAUAUGUGGAUCAAGUUUAGGACGGAUGGCAGCGUCCAUGACCGUGGUUUUGUUGCAAAUUACACCACUAUUGACACAACAUGUGGCGGGGUGCUCACUGGAAUAACAGGAGUGAUCACCUCUCCCAACAGCCCUGAGACUUACCCUACCAACACAGACUGCCGUUGGGUACUGGACCUUCCCCCCAACUAUGUCAUUCAAAUUACUUGGCAAUCUUUCUCCUUAGAGCAUCACACUGACUGCCAAUAUGAUUACAUAGAAAUCUUUGAUAAUUCCUCCAUUGCUGGCCAGAGUCAGCGCAUGGGCAGUCGGCUAUGUGGUUCCACGCUUCCACCUAUCAUGACGUCUUCAGACAACCUGGUCACUAUCCACUUCCAUUCGGAUUCAAGUGUUAAUCACGAUGGAUUCUCUGCUGUCUAUCAUGGCCUAGAUGCCACUCGAGCAUGUGGGGGUCACUACCAUACUGAGAUGGGUAUCAUCACCUCCCCUAACUAUCCACAAAACUAUCCUGACUCUCGCAUUUGUGAGUGGACCAUUACUGCUGUCAGAGGACACCAGAUCCACCUCAACUUUCUGCAUAUGGAGGUGGAGCCUUCUACACAUUGUGACUUUGAUGCUGUAGAGAUCAGAAAUGGUCGAUAUGCCACCUCACCACUGCUUGCAAAGGUGUGUGGAUUAAACACAACAGUGCCUGACAUAUACUCUCACAGUCAUCAACUUUACAUCAAGUUCACUGCCGAUUACUCUGUGACGUACCGAGGCUUCAAGCUGCAGUGGGACUCAACAACUUUAGGUUGUGGAGGGUUGCUGACAGGAGUGACUGGUGGCAUCAUUUCUCCCGGGUACCCUCAGCCUUACAGCCACCUCAGCGACUGUUACUGGACUAUUCGGGUGUCUCAGGGAUCUUUCAUCCAACUUCACUUCACUGACAUGGACUUGGAGCCCUCAAAUGAUUGCACUUAUGAUUUUGUGGAGGUACGAGAUGGCAGCACACAGCAUGCACCUCUCAUUGGAAAGUACUGCUCUCAGGAGCAAGGCAUAAUAGCAAUUAAUUCAACUACCAACACCCUUUGGAUAAGAUUCAGAGCUGAUACAUAUAUUAAUGGCAGGGGCUUCAAGGCUACAUAUGUCACUGAAUGUAAUCGGAAGCUGAGUGGGCCACGAGGGGUGAUCACAACUCCCAACUUCCCUGAUCCAUACCCUCACAAUCGUAACUGCACAUGGAUUAUUGAGGCACCAAAAGGGAACUCCAUUAAUGCCUCCUUUAGUGACUUUGUUUUGGAGGACUCAAUGAACGAAGAAACUGGUGAAUGUUACUAUGACUUUGUGGAGGUACGUGAAGCUCAAGGAUUAUAUGGCACCAGGAAUCAACUGGGACACUACUGCCGCCGCCUGCCGCCACCUGUGUUCACCUCCGCCCGCCAUAACAUUUUAGAGAUUAAUUUUGUCAGUGACAUGAGUGUAGCCAUGAAUGGCUUCAGACUGGAGUGGAUUGUAAAUGGAUGUGGAGGAGAGUUGACCAAGCCCUCAGAGACCUUCACCAGUCCUGGAUAUCCCAAUGCUUACCCAAGAGACACAGUGUGUGAGUGGCACAUCCAGACUGACCCAGGCACAAGAAUCCGCAUCACCAUCAAUGAAAUCGACAUUGAGAGUGCAACAGAUUGCAUUUAUGAUGCUCUUCAUGUGUAUGGUGGCAGAGAUAAGAAUUCUGUACCUCUGGUAUCCUUGUGCCAUCAUCAGACACACCCAAUAAUUGUCACCAGCCAGGGCAAUCAUGCCUUUGUUUCCUUUGAGAGUGACCAGAAUGUAAGAGGAAAGGGCUUCAACAUCUCGUACACCACUCUCCAUGAUGGUUGUGGGGGUCUCUUCACAGCCCCUGAAGGCUCCAUCCAUUCUCCACACUACCCUAACAAUUACAACAAUGAGUCAGAUUGCACUUGGACCAUAAAGACGGAUCCAAUGCAUGUGGUUUUAUUGAACUUCACUGACUUUAAUGUACAGUCGAGCUCAGCAGAGUGUGAGGGAGGAUUUGUGCAGGUGUAUGAUGGGGAGGAUGUUGAUGCCUCCUUACUUCUGCAACACUGUGGAAGUUCUUUGCCUCAGCCCAGAUUGCUGCAGUCUACAGGCUCCUCCCUAACUGUGAGGCUCAAGGCAGAUGGACAAGCUCCUUCCAAGGGAUUCACUGCAUCAUACAAAAGAGGUUGUGGGGCAUCCAUUGCAGUGGCUGCAAAUGGAAAUGGGGAGAUCAAGUCACCUAAUUUUCCAAACUAUUACACCUCUGGCCUGAACUGUUCCUGGCAUCUCAAUGCACCAGAAGGUUCUCGAAUGCAUCUUCAUAUAGUUCACUUGGAUAUGCACCAUGGUCACCUGUCAAAUGAAAACUGUACUUAUGACUAUUUGGUGGUGCUGGAUGGGGCCUUUUUGGACUCCCCAGAACGUAGCCGUUUCUGUGGUUCCUACUCACCAAGGCCUCUCGUGUCCAUUGCCAACCACCUCACCAUCCAUGUUGUGAGUGACCCGGGUGUCUAUGUCAGCUUUAGGGCUGUGUAUAGCACACUCACUUCUACAUGUGGAGGGGAUCUCACCUCAGUCUCAGGGGAGCUGGCCAGCCCACUCUAUCCUGAACCAUAUCCAGUUAACCUUGAUUGUGUGUGGACCAUCAUUGCUGGUCCAGGUAAUCAGUUACAGCUCAACUUCAUUGAAUUUGAUGUGGAAGAAUCCAGUGGCUGCAACCAAGACUAUAUAGAGGUGCAUGAGAUGAAUCCUGAAGGUCCUCUUCUCCUCCAUAAUUGUUCUUCCUCCACUGGCUCCACCCUGCCACCCUCCAUCACUGUGCAUGACACUCUUUGGAUAAGAUUUCACUCUGAUGGUGUGUCAGCAGGUGGCCAUGGCUUCCUAGCAUCCUACAACAUCUUAUUUGGGAGCCAGAUAUAUGGAAAUGAGGGUGAAGUGGUGUCCCCAAUGUAUCCACAAAGGUACAUGGGGUCCCAGGAUGUCAGCUGGACCAUCACAGUGCCAUGGGGCAAGUAUGUGUCCCUCACCUUCCUGGACCUGGAUGUGGAAGGUGACCCAGCGGAUGAUAUAUGUUAUGCAUCCCUUGUGAUCUAUAAUGGAGGUUCAGCACGAUACAGUCCUGUUUUAGGUACAUAUUGUGGACAUCAGACACCCACUGAGCCCAUUGUGUCCAGAUGGAGGAGGGUUUUGGUACACCUCAAUGCCCACCACCUCCACACUGGCUCAAAGUUCCGUUUCCAGUAUCAGGCAAUAGAUACAAGAGGUGAAUUAGGUGUCACACAAACAGCAUCAGACAGUAACUGUACAUACGUGGUGACACUGAACUCCUCGUCAACAUACAUAAGACACCCAGGCUUCCCAUCACGUCCAGCCAACGGCUUGAACUGUGAGUGGUUGGUUCAGGCACAGCACCAUGAGAGAAUCUACAUUGCACUAUUUUACGACCUGGAGGAGUCUUCAUCAUGUCAAUUUGACUUUAUCAUUGUUUAUGAUGGUUUGAAUGGUGAAGCAAAUUGGAAUGAGACAGCUAGACUGUGUCGUCGUGACCAGAUGCCUUUCCGAUUCACCUCCAGUGGUCGGUUGCUUCGCUUUCGCUUUAUCACAGAUUCUUCUGUUCAAAGUACAAGGUUCACAGCUGUAUUAAAGACAGUGUGUGGUGGAAACCUGCAUCAGCCUGAGGGAUACAUCACCUCCCCUGGCUAUCCAGAAAAUUAUUCAAGAAGACAAGACUGUGUAUGGGUCAUCAAGGUUGGCAUUGGCAGAACAAUAAAACUUGAAUUCACUGAUUUCAAGAUCGCUAACUCAACUCCAACAUGUGCUGAUGAUUACCUUGUGAUUCAGAAUGGGGAGAGCACCUCAUCCCCCUUCCUGGCAGGUGGCAAAUUCUGUGGCUCUGUCAUCCCUGCACCAAUGGAGAGUACUUCUAAUGCUCUUAGGAUCAGAUUUGUGUCUGAUAAUGUUGAUUCUGACAAAGGCUUCAAGCUGUCAUACCAUGAGCUGACAGAUGCAUGUGGGGGAAGUCACCAGCUCACAUCAGACUUUACAAGUGUCACUAUCACCAGCCCCAACUAUCCCAACUCUCCACACCCCCACACCGAGUGCUCAUGGGUUACCUACGCACCACCAGAGAAGAGUCUGUCAUUACAUUUUGAGGGAUCAUUUGAAAUCCCAAGUUACUUAGGAAACUGUGAUCAAGCCUUUGUAGAGGUUCGGGAUGGAGGAACUCUUCUCUCUCCACUGCUUGGGAGAUUUUGUGGAACAACCCUCCCAGAAACGCAGCACACCACUGGAGAUGUUAUUUUUGUGCGUUACUUCAACAACCUCACCCAGCACCAUGUUGGAUUUAAAGCGAAGGCUUCUACUGAUAUCUGUGGAGGAACCUACAAUGUGGAAGAGUCAAGAAUCUUCACCAGUCCAGGCUACCCCAUGCCUUAUGCUGCCAGCCUCAACUGCACUUGGAAGAUUGUGGCCCCUCUUGGGCACUACCUCACAGUUUCCUUCUUGCAGGUUGAGAUAUCUAGUCCAGACAACAACUGUACCAGUAUCAAUGGUCUGCUGAAAAUUAGAGACAUAAACUCAACGGGUGAUUUGUUGUCCUCUGUCUGUGGAUCUCCUGGGGAAGUGGCAUCCGUCCGCACAUCCUCUAAUAGGGCAUAUGUCACCUUCACAUCUGAAUCAAAUGAUGGAAAGAAGGGAUUCAGGAUAAUGUUCAACAGUAGUCAUGAAGUGUGUGGUGGUUUGGUGUCUGGGGCUGAAGGGGAGAUCCGCUCUCCUGGGUACCCACACGGAUAUGCAGCGCAGCGUUUGUGUGAGUGGCUCAUCACUGCACCUCCUGGCAAGAGAAUCAAACUGGAAUUCCUAGAUUUUGAUAUUCAGUCACAAUAUUUCUGCAGAGAUUACAUGGAGAUCUGGAAUGGAGGUAGAGGUAGUGGAGCAAAUAUAGGCUUCAUUUGCAAUCGACUGAGAUUCCAAACUUACAACUCAAGUACAAACAUCAUGAGUGUGAUAUUUCGUACACGAGGACAUUCUAAUGGCCGGGGCUUCCGGCUCCGCUGGACCUCAGAAGACCCACAAGAAUGUGGUGGGGAGCUGGACAUUGCUGGUGGAACAUUAUUUGGUCCUGAGAGGAACAACUUUACCUAUAACACACAUUACUGCAUCUGGACACUGAACAAUCCAAACCCUAUCAAUUCCUCCUUUGUCAUCUCCUUUACCCAAUUGGAAAACUUUAAUGGUUGCCACAGUUACAUUCUGAUUGAAGGAGAGAACAGUGAGGGUCAGCAAGUGGUGGUGAAAAAAGUCUGUAACACAGACACACUACUGAGUGUUGUUGUGCCUUACCACUCGCUCAGGAUCACCUUCGUCAAGGUGAGGUACUUCACUAGAUUCCUUAACUGGACCCUAGAUUACUCCAUCAGCCCUUGUGGUGGUGUGCUGCGUGGCCCUCAAAAUGUCAUCACCUCCCCUAACUUUCCUUCCAACUAUCCCAACAAUGCUCAUUGUGGUUGGCUCUUCCAUUAUGAAGAAGGAGAACAAAUUGAUUUCCAGUUCACAACUUUCAACCUUGAAAAUGCUGUACAUCAUGACUAUGUAAGAGUUUUCAAUGGCCCCCGUUUGACUUCCCCGUUGCUGGGACGCUACACGGGCAAUGAAAACCCAGGGAAUGUUGGGCGGUCCAUGACAAACAAUAUGUUUGUUGAAUUCAACACUGAUGAUUCCACAACGAGACAGGGUUUCAGGGCUGUGGCUGUCAGGCACACAAGAGGUUGUGGUGGUAAGUUCCAUGGACUGAGAGGAAACUUUUCCUCAAAUGGCUUCCCUGAAGAUUAUGAGGCCAACACAGAGUGUGAGUGGGAGAUAGAUACUCCUGCUGGAUAUCAUGCUGUCAUCUCCUUCACAACACAGUUUGACGUAGAGACAAGCAGCAACUGUCAGAAUGAUUAUGUACAAGUAUAUCAUGCUGAGCAGUCAGAGCCUCAUACACCCAUAACAUGGAUCAGUGAUAGAAAGUUGUGUGGUAAGCAACUGCCUCAGCCAAUCAUCUCAAGUGGUAGCCGAGUAAAGCUUCUCUUCCACACGAAUGGGGAUGUACAGGGCAGUGGGUUCCAGGCGUCGUGGCAGAUGCUGUGCGGGAACAAUUACACCCAACAGAGUGGUUAUAUGGUGAGCCCAGGUCAUCCCAACAACUACCCAGCCUUUGCUGACUGUGACUAUCGCAUUGUUGCCAAUAGAGAGUCUUUUGUCAACAUUCAGUUCCUGAGUUUUAAUGUGGAAAAUGCAAGGAACUGCAGGUAUGAUCACUUGACGGUGAUAGAGGAGCAUUCAGGACAGUCUUGGGGGCCAUAUUGUGGUGGGGAUCUGCCUCACAAUUUCACAACACGAGGCUCCACCCUUCUAAGAUUCCACUCAGAUUUUGUCGUUGAGAGAUCAGGCUUUGUUGCCAAAUUUGAAGUUAAAGAAUGUGGUGGAAACUUGACUGCCCCUGGAGAACUUAGCUUGCCAACUCAGUCACGUUACUUGAAUCACAUGAUGUGUGUGUGGGAUGUGACAGCUCCAGAAGGGAAAGUCCCAUAUAUCAAGUUCCAGCAGCUUGUACUUGAAACCCACCGCCGAUGCCGAUAUGAUAGCAUCAGUGUGUAUGAAGGACAUUCUUCUGCCCAAGAUAACCUUGUGGCUCGGUUUUGUGGCAACCACACCCUGGAUCUGCCAGUUGUCACUACUCAUGGGAACAAGGCACGAGUUGUAUUUUCCUCAGAUCACAUAAUUACAAUGGAUGGUUUCAGAGCCAGUCUGGAGUUCACCUAUGCUUGUGGAGAGAAUGUGAACAUCUCUGCUGAGGGAGCCUCUCAUACCAUCAGAUCCUUCUCACUUAGCAAUUCUGUGAAUUAUGAACCACUGCUGCAUUGUGUGUGGCUGGUGGAAGGUCUUGAGGAUCAGGUGGUGACUUUGAACUUUACAAGACUUCAGCUAGAACCACCAAAUGCAAAUGACUCUCUGCCAUGUCCAUAUGACCGUGUUGAGAUCUAUGAUGGACCAUCCUCCAAGUCAGACUUAAUAUCCGCCCAUUGCAACUCUUCCACUGUUCCGUUUAGUGUGUCUUCUUCUACCAAUCUGAUGUACAUCCGCUUCAUCUCUGAUAGCAGUCAAGAAUUCCCAGGCUUCACUGCCACACUCACCAACACACCACAUCCUUGUGGUGAUUCAAGUCUCCAUGCCACCAAUGAGUCUCAGGUAUUGCAGUCUCCUGGCUAUCCCAACCAGUACCCACUGAGCAUCCGUUGUCGCUGGAUUAUCUCAGCCUCUGAGGCGGAUGAUGAUAUCCACCUGGAAAUUAAUGAGAUGAAUCUCGAAAUAUCCCAACUUUGUUCCAAAGAUCAACUCUACAUCUCGGAGUAUGUUCCGCAACAGUCACAGUCUCAGGUGAUACAUUCUGGAUCCAUCUCACGUUAUUCAACUUUCCUCCCUGGAGGCAGGAGGGUGUACUUCUUUUAUGGAUAUCGACUAAGGCACGGCUACUGUGGCAACACCAUCCCUCAUCACCUUACUUCCUCCACCAAUGCCGUUGAAUUGAGGUUCAUUAGUGAUGCUUCUGUUGUCUCCUCUGGCUUCCGACUGCACUAUUCAAUUGGAGGCUGUAACAGAACCUUCAACAGUACUUCUGGAACUGUUAGAUCUAGACGUGCAAACGUAUGUCACUCCACCUUCCAGGCGCCAGAGGGAUCCUUCAUCAACCUCUACUUUAAAAGUUCAUACAUUUAUACAAGAGGAGAAAAUUGCACCACCAGCCACUCUCUCAGGGUCUAUGAUGGUUUAGAUACCUCGGCUCCACUGCUGUUGUCCUUCUGUGGUUACCGCUUGGCCUCACCUGUGUUUUCAACAGGGAAUGCUCUCUACUUAGAGUUUGCACGACAGCGGGGUGGAUACUUUGACCUCACAUAUACUACUUCUACCCAAGGAGGUGGUUGUGGUGGGACAAUGCAUGUCAGUUCUUCAGCUCAACUAACCAGUCCAGGCUAUCCAGGACCUGCUGGUCCCAACCUAGAAUGUGUUUUCACCAUCACAGUCCAGCCUAAUCAGCAUGUCAUUCUCAAUUUCCAAAGUAUUGACUUUGGUAGUGCUGAUGGUUGCAACAGUACAUACUUAGAGAUGUACGACAUGACUUUAUCUGGACAGCCCACUCUGUACAACACUUUUUGUGGGGAAGAAGGGUUGACAGCUGCCCAUCUAGCACCUAGCAGUAGUAUGGCACUGCGCUAUGUAACAGGUGCCAGUAACAUAACAGGUCAGGGAUGGAAAGCCUGGAUACACCAAGGACAGCCUCAUGAAUCUACAGUAUUGGAUGAAGAGGAAUGAAGAGAACAGUCAUGUGUGUGUAUUGCUUUAUCAACACUUUUCCUGUAAGUGUUUCAUGUGAUGUUUUUUUUUUUCACUGUUGCCACCAUUUGCCAUUCCCUCUAUUAGUUCUCUUUUCAGUAUUUUCAACACUACUGAACUGGUCACGUAGAGUAUCAUAGAAGUAUAUGUAUAUGAUAGUUUACACUUGUUUUUACCCAACUAUUUGAGUGCUAUUUUUUAAACUUUCAUUGUUAUUUUUUAAACAUAUCAAUUCUCAUAAUUGCCAAACAUUGAUUGCAUUAUUUUUUUAAUGAUUAUAUGAGGAAAUUAUCUACUGUAGUAUAAUCAAGCACUGACGGCAUAACUGAGACUCAUGCAAUAUUCUGGUUGUUGUGUAUAGUGUAUCUCCAACAUUCUGAAUUUUGUUUGUAGGUAUGAGCAAGCAUAAAAAAUCUCUGAUGUGAAGAUUUGUCUGUGUGUGUGUGUGUGUGUGUGUGUGUGUGUGUGUGUGUGUGUUUGAAGUAUGUAUGUACAUUGGUUUCUCCACCUUUGUAUGGAUAGCCUGCUGCAUGUAAAAAAUAGUUAAUUACUACUUGCUAAAUGUAUUUCAUAAGAUGUGCUUUGGUGAAGUUAAAUUUGAUAUCCUGCACUUUGUGAUGCAAUAUGAUGACUCAUCCAAAAGAAAAAGCUUCUCCUGAUUUACAUAAUUCAGUCUUUACCUUUUGUUCACUUUGUUACAAAGAGUAAAACAAGAUGAAACUCUUAAAGACCAUUGAGCUGUCUCAGACGUUUAUUUUGAUGAUUUUUAUUUCAUUGAAAUGAGAAACUGAGAAGAUAUUUAAUCUAAGGUGACAAAACAAGGAAGUCUAAAAGAAAUAAUGUUAAGGGAAACUUAGCUUCUGUGAGUUAGAAAUAUCAUCACUGAAAUAAAAAAACGACACUGUACUUAUGAUAAUACUGAAAAUAAAGUACUACUAAAGAUUU